GUGCAUAACCCAUGGUUAUGCACCCUAUCUUGAGCUCUGUUCGACGCCGAAAGGUGGAGACAACCAAACCAAUGCUAAAAAAAUUUCAAUCAGGAACAUAAUAAAGCCUACGAACCCGAAGAAAAGAAUCAAACUUUUUCCAACCCACUUUCCAGUUCGGCAGUUUCACACCGUCACAGUCUCUCCUUCCUAGUUCCUACCUUCUUCCCCAAUCGAUCCCUCUGCUUUCCUUCCCAUCUCCAUACCCACAAUCCAAAACAAGCACACACAGACGAAGGAGUGAGAAAAACAGAGCAACCACCCAAUUCAUCAUCAACCGCCAAAAAAAAUGGGUUGUUUCAGACCCAAAAGAAGCACCAAACCCAAUUCCUCAUCAACUUCAUUCCCACCACAAAGCAGAAAUCUGAAGCACGAGAUCCUCCUCCAGAUCCCAUCUUGCACUCUGCAUCUCAUGGAAGCAGGGGAAGCCAUGGAGCUCGCCACCGGCGACUUCACUCUGUUCCACAUCAUUGAGCAGACAGGGGGAGAAGAAGAAGAAGACGACGUUUCCUCCCUCGCCACCAUCGUCAGCAUCGCCGGCGGCGAGGUCCAGUGGCCUUUGACGAAAGACGAGCCUGUCGUGAAGCUGGAUGCAAUGCAUUACCUGUUCUCCCUCCCCAUGAAAGAUGGGGAUCCCCUGAGUUACGGCGUCACUUUUGCGGAGCGGGAUGGGCAGAGAUUGCAGUCGCUGGAUGCUUUUCUCGGGGAGCAUUCGUGCUUCUCUGCUGAUUCCGGUGGGAAAGGCGGCGGCGGCGGCGGGAAGAGUGGCCUGGAGUGGACGGAAUUCGCGCCGAGGGUGGAGGAUUAUAACAGCGUUUUGGCGAGGGCGAUUGCUGGUGGAACAGGGCAGAUAGUCAGGGGAAUGUUCAGAGUCAGCAAUGCCUACACAAAUCAGGUUCACAAGGGAGGUGAAAUGAUACUAACAAGUGCAGCAGCAGAGGGUGGCAGAGAUGCAGGGAGAAACAGAAAUCACAGCAGCAGAAGUUCAUCUGGGGUUGCAAAGAAGACCAAAUUGAACAAAAGCUUGAAGCGUGUGAGGAAGCUAUCGAGGAUGACAGAAAAGCUGAGCAAAGCAAUGCUGGACGGAGUUGGGAUAGCCACUGGCUCAGUGAUGAAGCCUCUGGUGAAAUCCAAGGCUGGGAAGCAGUUCCUGUCCAUGGUCCCUGGAGAAGUGCUCUUGGCCUCCCUUGAUGCUGUCAAUAAGAUUCUAGAUGCAGCAGAAGCGGCAGAGAAGCAGGCUCUGUCUGCAACCUCAGAGGCCGCAACAAGAAGGAUAAGUAACCGGUAUGGGGAAGAAGCAGGGGAGGCUGCAGGGGACGUGUUUGCAACAGCAGGGCAUUGCGCCUGCGCUGCGUGGAACAUCUGCAAGAUUCGGAAGGCCAUCAAUCCUGCUUCCUCUGUUUCUGCUACUGGGAUGCUCAAGACUGCCGCCAAAGGUGCAAUUAGGAAAUCUUAGUUUAUAAGGAAAAAAAGGAACAGUGCGACAUUCCAUUGUGAACUGAACUCGUAUAUUGUUUCAUUUUCUUUCUCUUCACGUUAGGGUUUGUGUAACUUGUGGAGAGGUUUAUGCUUUGUCUCAAUCCAAAAACUCGAAACCUUCCUCGCUUGUUGAAGUGUAAGCGUGUGAGGGAAGAGCAACAACCGUUGUAGGGUUCCUUGAUUGUAUUAUUGAUUCAUUUUUGUUGCUAAGCUAGUAGGGUAUGCAUACUAGAGGAAAUGGCUAUGAAUUCUCAAGGAGUUGGGUAACUUCUUAUUAGGAAUGACAAUUCACGGAUUUUUCCAAACCAUCCCAUUCACACUUUUAAAUAUUCAAAUUCAUCCCAUACUCGAGUAGGAAGGUUUUGCAAUCCCAUUCAAAUACCUGCGGUGUUUGGAUAUUUAUGGGUAAUGCUUGUCUUGUAUAUUCGAUAUUACUAUACUUAUAGUAUAAUUCAACAUGUAGAUCUGCAAUUAUAAGACUAAAUCAUACCUAAAAAAAUCGUGAAAGUAACAAUGAUAUACUCAUUCUUGAUACGAAUUCAAACCAUCAAAUCCUAAAACAUCCUUAAGACAAUGUGUAGUACCAUCCAAAUCAUUAAUCUCAUACUCCGACAGUCCGACAUAACUACUAAGCAAUAAAUAACUAACGCAUUU